UAGGUCUGUAUUUUCCCUACUCGAUGCAUCAGUUCCCGACAUCGGCAUUCUGCUCAACGUUCUGCAAGCGUGCUCGGAGAUCGUGGAGAUGGCGACGGCGAGAUCGUUUUUCCUCUGUGCUCUGCUCCUCCUCGCAACCCUAUCUCUCGCUCAGGCGAAGAAGUCUGAGGAUUUGAAAGAGGUGACUCACAAAGUUUAUUUUGAUGUGGAGAUAGCUGGAAAACCGGCAGGUCGAAUUGUCAUGGGUCUAUAUGGAAAAGCAGUUCCAAAGACUGCUGAAAACUUCAGGGCGCUGUGUACAGGUGAGAAAGGCACUGGAAAGAGUGGAAAACCUCUUCACUACAAGGGAAGCAGUUUCCACCGGAUCAUUCCAAGCUUCAUGCUACAGGGAGGUGACUUUACUCUUGGUGAUGGCAGAGGUGGCGAGUCUAUUUAUGGAGAGAAGUUUGCUGAUGAAAACUUUAAGUUGAAGCACACUGGACCAGGGCUUUUGUCUAUGGCGAACGCUGGUCCUGACACAAACGGUUCACAGUUUUUUAUCACAACUGUGACGACUAGUUGGCUUGAUGGGAGACACGUCGUGUUCGGGAAAGUGUUGUCUGGGAUGGAUGUGGUUUACAAAGUUGAAGCUGAGGGAAGACAGAGCGGCACCCCCAAAAGCAAAGUCGUGAUAGCAGACAGUGGUGAACUCCCACUCUGAUCGAACUGAUGCCAACAUGUUUACCAUGACUAGCUCUUAGGCAGCUGUUAAGAGAUAAAUGCAAAAACAAUGUAGGUUAUGUGAAACCGAAAACUGGAUUUGGAGUUAUAGCCGUGCUCUUCUUUUUGGGCAUUUCGGUUGUUCUAAUGUGUCUGGACUGAAUAUUUUUCAAUAUGAUGUAAUUUUGCCUUUGUAUCAAGUGAUGUUGCCAUUUGA